AUUCAUUCAGCUUCUUUCAAAUUUGCAUGUUACUUGUCAAACCAUACUUGUGCAGCUAAAAUGAACCACAAACCAUGUAUGUGUAUGUACUGUGUACGAAACUAAUUUGUGGUUAGAAUUAAAUGUCAAAUCUUUUCCAUUUAGUUUUUGUUUCUUUGCAAACAUUAAUAUAUCUCAUGUAUGUUUAUAUCAACAACUAGCAUGCUUCUCUUUAUCAUAAUAAAACGCAGUUGAAAAUAAAGAGAAUGGCUUCUCUUGCAACCCUUUAUGGCUUCCAUCAUGGUUCUCUUCUAAGAACUCAGUUCCUAGGCCAAGAUCAUAACCUCACACACUACCCUCUAAAGCACCCUUCAUAUCAUCACAACAAACCAAGUUUUGAACCUCAUGCCAAGUUCAACAUAGUUGAGAUCAUGGGAGGGAGAGGGAUAUGCAAUGGAGAAAAAGGUCUUCAACAAGAGCUUGAAAGGCAAGUGGUUGAAAGCCGGCAACAAGCGCAACCGCGGCUGCAACCGGAUAGUGGUGGCGAAGAGGAGGAGGAGGAGGAAGAGAACUUUGAGGUAUCAGAAGAUGCUUUUGAGAAGGAAAUGAUGGGGCUAACUGGUGGGUUUCCUGGUGGUGAGAAAGGGUUGCAGAAGUUCAUUGAAGAAAAUCCACCUUCCAAAUCCAAACAUGGAACUCUUCUUGCCUUGUCACGUUGAGUAGAAUCCAAAUUCAUCAAUGGAGUCAUAGGUUUUCAGUUCUCUUUCUGUAAAUCCUCUUUCUUUUGUUUGAGUUAUAUGGUAUUUGUACUAUGAUUUUUGACAAACUUGAAUGUUUGUGUUACUCUUUAAUAAUUCAUUCUUAGAAAAAAUGCAGAACUUAAUAUCAAUAUUAUCAAUA